GUUCUUAUUGGCAGAGUCAUUGUGGUCAUUAAAAUACGGUAGACAAGGUACUUUUCUCUCCUUCUAACGAACGGAGCAACAGUUUGAAGGAACACUUCUCAUCACAUUGGCGAAAUUUCGAAGAAUUUGUCAUCUAACCCGCUAUAAAAUAACGAUUUGCGGUGUUAAUUAGAAAUUGUGGAUUUUUCUUUGUCAACUGCGUAGUAAAAGUGUGUAUACUUAGAACGAAAGUUGAACGAAAAAGUCGCUUUCUUUGUGAAACAAAAUGAUACAGAAAAAUAAAGAUUACAUCGACGAAUUGCUGGACAUGUCAGAUCCUCGAAACACUAGCAAUUGUUCGAGCGAAGUCAUCCAAUAUUAUACAGGACGUAACGUUCUUAUAACGGGCGGUUCCGGUUUCUUCGGUAUACUACUUCUGAUAGAAAGAUUAUUGCGAUGCUGUCCGGGUAUAGGAAAGAUGUACAUAUGUAUGAAGGGAAAGAAAGGAAAAUCAGCAGAAGAGCGUUUCAAAGAGCACUUCGAUUGCGUUGUUUACGAUAGAUUAAAAAAAGAGCAGCCUGACUUUAUUACUAAAGUAAUAAUGAUAGAAGCCGACUUCAGCGAAGCAAAUCUAGGCUUGUCGUCGGAAAACCGAAAACAUCUCUUAGACACAAACAUAAUCUUCCAUUUAGCGGCGUCCGUGCGAUUUAAUGAUACGAUUCGAAAUGCGGUGCAUGUUAAUGUGAGAGGAAACAAAGAAAUUCUCCUCUUCGCAAGAGAGAUGCCGAAUUUAGAGGCAUUUGUUUAUACAUCAACCGCAUUUUCUCAGUGCGUGAACAACUUUAUCGAUGAGAAAUAUUAUUCUCCGCCUUUAGAGACAGAUAAGAUACUGACGUUACUCAACGUUCUGGACGAUGAGAUGUUGAACAAAAUAACGCCAACACUAGUAGGCGAAUGGCCGAAUAUUUACGUGUACACCAAGGCGAUUGCCGAGGAUACAGUGCGACAAUACAGCGUCGGGUUAUCAGCUUGCAUCAUACGUCCUUCGAUUGUAACAUCAACGGCGAAAGAACCAAUACCUGGAUGGAUCAACAACAUAUAUGGUGCAGUAGGCGUAAUUGUAGGCAGUUCUAUGGGUUUGCUACGUACUUUACAUUGCAUACCCGAAAAUACAGCGGAAAUUAUGCCCGCUGAUUACGUGAUAGCGAACAUUAUCGUUGCAGGUUGGGCACCGCCAAAAGAAAGUAAGGAUACUUUACUCAGCAUUGACAACAAAAAUUUGAACGUUCCGGAAACCGAGAGAAUUCCGAUUUACAAUUGCGUGUCGUCAACUCAAAAUCCUAUUACUUGGGAAAGGUUCAUGAAAUUAAGUGAGAAAUACGGCAAGCGUUUACCGAGUACGAAGUACAUCUGGUAUUACAUGCUCACGCUAAAUAGAUACCGAUUUAUGCAUGAGAUAUAUGUGAUAUUUCUGCAUACAAUACCCGGUGCUAUAUUUGACAUUCUGGCUUUCCUCAUGGGUCGAAAACCUAUGCUGCUGAAAACUUAUAAAAAAAUACAUAUAUUUUGCGAUGUGAUAUCAUACUUCUCAACGCGCCAAUGGCAAUUUCGCAAUGACUCUGUCAUAAGACUCUGGGAUAGUUUAAAUCAAACUGAUCGUGAGAUUUUCGACUUCAAUAUACUAGAUCUAUCUUGGAAAGAAUAUUUUAAAAACUUGAUGGUCGGUCUUCGCAUAUACAUUGCUAAAGACCCGAUGGAUAAUUUAAAAGAAGGAGCUGCAAAAUUGAAGAAAUUAAAGAUCGCUCAUUAUACUUUGUUAACCACUAGCCCAAUUUUGUUAAUAUGGGUCAUCGUAAAUAUUGUAACUUUUAUAAUAUCGUUCUUCAAAUAAAAUUUUUCGUAGUUUGUUAUAAGCUUAAUUAAGCUUAAUGAGAGAUUAAUAUUAAAAAUAUAUGGCUAA